UCAAUAAGUUUCGAGGGCAUGUAUGCAAAAACCUCAACAUCUUCUCGUACCCUUUAAACCUCUAUACUCCGCCACUGUCCUCAAAGAAGAGUCAUCAAGCCGUCCCCUCGAAUUGCUCAAUACAAAGGUCUGUUUCUUCUUCAACUGUUACACAAAUUUUACAGGUCUAUUAUCGCUGCUGUGUUUGCCUUAAUCGGAAAAAUGCUUCCUCUUUCAUUGCUGAAGUCCGCACAAGGGCAUCCUAUGUUAGUGGAGCUGAAAAACGGGGAGACUUACAAUGGGCAUUUGGUGAACUGUGAUACAUGGAUGAAUAUCCAUCUUCGAGAAGUCAUAUGUACCUCAAAAGAUGGAGAUAGGUUUUGGAGAAUGCCAGAAUGUUACAUUCGUGGGAAUACAAUUAAGUAUCUUCGAGUUCCAGAUGAGGUGAUUGACAAAGUUCAGGAGGAGACAAAGAGCCGCUCAGAUAGAAGGCCACCCGGUGUGGGGCGCGGAAGGGGAAGAGGUAGAGAGGAAGGUGCUGGUGGGAGGCAAGGGAAAGGCAUUGGGCGUGGUGUAGACGAUGCAGGUGGCAGAGGCAUGGGAGGAGGCCGGGGUAGAGGAGGCUCUCUAGGCAGACCUGGUGGCAACAAAGGUGGAGGACGAGGACGUGGCUGACACCAUUUUAAGGUGCUGGAAUUGGAAAGAUGAUGCUCGUAAAUGCUCUUUUCUCAUGUUAAUCAACAUGACGGGAAAAAAGAGAAGAUUUUUCAGUGUGAGAUAUGUGAAGACUGCGUCCAAGUUCUGUUUAGCGUGGAGGCCCGCAUAUAUAUAUAUAUAUAUAUAUAUAUAUAUAUCCUUUCUCCAGCAUUCCACAUUCGAACAAAUUUUUUAAGUUGAUGAUAAAUAUGGUUUGAGAAGCAAUUUGUAUCACAUUACUAUAUAUU